CUGUAUGUUGCUCAACACCUGAGGUAAGAGAACAGAUAGGGAGGGAGGGAAAGUGGGGUUGUAGGAGGGGCGCGGUACGAGCUUCAAGUGGGCAACAUCCCACCCAAAGCCCGAGAGCCAGCAUAAAGUCAGACAUCACUUCACUCGUUCGUGAGUUCUAUAACCCGGACAAACAGGCUGAGUUGCCGGGAGAAAUAACGGUGUUCAUUUUCAGUCACAAAGAAUUAAACCAUUUUCGCCGCAAUGGGUUUGAGAUUGAUACAGUUUAUCUCAUAUAUUUCGCUUCUCCUUCACCUGGAAUGGACGCACGUCUCGGCUUUCAACCUGGACACAGAAAACGUCAUUGAAAAGAAAGGAGAGCCAGGGAGCCUUUUCGGCUUCUCUCUGGCUAUGCAUUGGCAAUUAAAUCCGCUGGAUAAAAGAAUGUUGCUGGUUGGUGCUCCAAGGGCCAAAGCUCUGAGAGGUCAGAAGGCAAAGAUCACAGGAGGACUCUACAACUGUGACACCGCUUCCACUUCCUCCAGCUGUAGCCGAGUGCAGUUCGACGACGAUGAGGACGUGAACACCAGAGUAAGGAGAACCAAUGGAUGGGUUGUAACAGUAAACAGCCAGGGGCCGGAGGAAGAUUGUGGUAAGUGUACAUGUGCCCACCGCUACCAGCGGCGCUUGUUUGUGAACACAGCCCAGGAGUCUCGUGACAUCAACAGGGCGGUGUUACGUGCUGAGAGAGACCUGACCAUCGGUACCGAGUCUGAUGAGGACGGAGGGAACUGGAGGUUCUGUGAGGGGCGGGCACGCGGCCAUGAGAGGUUUGGCUCAUGCCAACAGGGUCUGUCUGCCACCUUCACUAGGGACUACCACUACCUGGUCUUUGGUGCUCCUGGAGCGUACAACUGGAAAGGUGUGGUGAGAGUAGAGCAGAAGAACAACACUCUGUUGGAGAUGGGUUUCUAUGACGACGGGCCCUAUGAGGUGGGCGAUGAGAACCGGUUAGACCCAGACCUGGUCCCCGUGCCCGCUAACAGUUACUUGGGCUUCUCUCUGGACUCGGGGAAGGCCAUCACUAAGAAGGGUCAGCUGACCGUGGUUGCCGGUGCCCCGAGAGCCAAUCACAGCGGGGCAGUGGUGUUGCUAAAGAAGGAGACCGAAGCGUCCACCAUGUUGUCACCAGAGCACAUCCUGGAAGGGGAGGGGCUGGCCUCGUCGUUCGGCUACGACCUCGCUGUGGUGGAUCUGACCGGCGACGGGUGGGAGGACAUCGUGGUGGGAGCCCCGCAGUUUUUUGAGAAGGACGGGGAGGUAGGCGGAGCCAUUUAUGUCUACAUUAACAAGGGCGGAGACUGGAGUAAGGUCACGCCCACCAGGAUAGACGGACCUCGGGACUCCAUGUUUGGACUGGCCGUAGAAAACCUGGGAGAUCUCAACCUGGACGGCUAUCAGGACAUCGCUGUGGGAGCACCCUAUUAUGACAGUGGGUCAGGGAAGGUGUUCAUCUAUCACGGCUCAGCUCAGGGCAUCAACAUCAAACCUGCACAGGUGUUGUCAGGGGUGCCAUCGGAGACAAAGUUGUUUGGUUAUUCUCUAGCUGGUAACAUGGACCUGGACAGGAACUCGUACCCUGACCUGGCCGUAGGAUCUCUCUCCGACUCUGUGUUCGUCUACAGGACUCGGCCGGUCAUCAGCAUCCAGAAGGUUGUCAAGACAACGCCAAAGGAGAUCGAUCUGACUAAGAAAAACUGUGGCAACAGCAUCUGCUUGGAGGUAGAGGCCUGCUUCUCCUACACUGCCAACCCUAAAUCCUACAGCCCCAGACUGACGGUGGCGUACUCCUUUGAGGCGGAGGCGGAGCGUCGGAAGAAGGGUCUCCCUCCCAGAGUGACCUUCUCCACGCGGUCCAGCGACGUCAACGACUACCAGUCCACCGGUGUUCUCAUCCUCAGUGGACAGGGCAAGAAGGAGUGUGUCACCGCCAAGCUCACGCUACAGGAGAACAUUAAGGACAAGCUCAGGGGAAUCCCCAUCGACGUUACCGUGGAGAUAAAGAACUCCAAAAGGAAAAGAAGAGCGCUCCCAGAACUCCCGCCCAUCCUCGACUCCAACGAGCCUAUCACGGCCCGCGCUGAGGUGAGCUUCCUGAAGGAGGGCUGUGGCAGUGAUAAUGUGUGCCAGAGCAACGUACAGCUCCAGCAUCGCUUCUGCUACAGAGAACCCAACAAGGACGUCUUCCAUCCACUACCUGUGGAGGAUGGGGUGCCAGUAGUCUCCCUUAGCGACCAGAAGGACAUCGCCCUGGAGAUCACGGUGACCAAUCAGAAUGGAGAUGAUGCCCAUGAGGCGGCGUUGGUUGCCUCCUUCCCCCCCUCGCUCUCCUACUCUGCCUCCCGCUCUGCACCCAACGCGGACAAGCAGGUGAUCUGUGUGACCAAUACGAACGGCUCUCAGGCAGACUGUGAGCUGGGGAACCCCUUCAAGCGAGGCUCAGAGGCGACGUUCUACAUAAUCCUGAGUACAGCAGGCAUCUCUCUGAACACCACAGAGCUGGAGAUAGACCUGAAGCUGGAGACGACGAGUGAGCAGCAAAACGUGGCCAGAGUCAAGGCCAAGGCCAAAGUGGUGAUCGAGCUGCUGCUGUCCCUCACAGGAGUGGCCAAGCCCUCCCAGGUCUACUUUACUGGAGAGGUCAAAGGUGAGAGCGCCAUGAAGUCCGAAGGAGACAUCGGCAGCCCCAUCGAGUACGAGUUCAGGGUGAUUAACCUGGGGAAGCCCCUGAAGACUUAUGGCAGCGCCGCCCUGAUCGUCAAUUGGCCAAAGGAGACGGUGGAGGGGAAGUGGCUCCUGUACCUCAUGAAGAUCGACUCCAGAGGUCUGGAACAGGUCACCUGCUCCCCUGAGAGAGAGAUCAACUCACUCACCGUCAAAGAGGAGCCGAGCAGCACCAGGAGAAGACGGGCCAUAGUGGAGACAGACGGGCCUCAGGAGGGAACCAUCGCACGACUGACUGACAAGAGGAAAUACACUACUCUGUCGUGUGAGGACGGGGCAAAGUGUGUGGAGAUUCGCUGCCCCCUUCAGGGCCUGGACAGUAAUGCAGUCAUCCUGCUCAGAUCUCGCCUCUGGAACAGCACAUUCCUGGAGGAGUACUCCAAGCUGAACUAUCUGGACGUGAUAGUGAAAGCCUCUCUCAGAGUGGACGGCGCUGCUAAAAACAUGGUCCUGAGGAACGCUGAGACACAGGUGAGAGUGACGGUGUUCCCAGAGCGUCGUGCGGCUCAGUACGGAGGACUCCCAUGGUGGAUCAUCCUGGUAGCCAUCUUGUUAGGGCUGCUGCUGCUCGGCCUGCUGGUCUUCCUGCUGUGGAAGUGUGGUUUCUUCGGGAAAAAGAAAGAGGAUGUCCCACCCUCUGACAAAGAGAGAUUGACGUCUUCUGACGCGUAAAGAGGGAGAGACGCUGUCUCUGGGUGUGGGUUUUUCAGACGCUCCAAGUACGACAACAGCGUUCCCAGUUAUAAUGCAGUGCGGAUACAGAAGGAGGAGAAAGACCAACUGGG